AUGAGAGCCUGUAAAGAGGGCACCCACAAAGGCCUGGACCGGCUCAGCGUCGCUUUCCUGCCAGCCCCACCUUUCCCCAGGGCCCGGCCCAGGGCGCCCCGCCUCCUCCCAGCCCAGUCCAAACUCCGGAACGGUAGGGCGCACGGGUCAGGUCCCCGGCAGCCUCGCGUUGAAAUCAUUUGGCCCGCGGGCAGCGGAAAGAAGAACUCGCCGGCAACCAUGUGGCCGAGUGCGUGGCUGAGCACCGUGCUCUGUGGGCUUCUGCUGCUCUUCGUUCCGGCCAGGGGACAGGACUCUGCCAGCCCCAUCCGGACCACACACACAGGGCAGGUGCAGGGGAGCCUCAUCCAUGUGAAGGGUGCCGAAGUGGGGGUCCACACUUUCCUGGGAAUUCCCUUUGCCAAGCCACCCCUGGGGCCACUGCGGUUUGCACCCCCUCAGCCCCCUGAGCCAUGGAGUGGUGUGCGGGAUGGGACUUCGUAUCCAGCCAUGUGUCUACAGGACCUCACUGCAAUGGAUGCGAUGUUUAAGAAUGUGUUGAAUAUGACCCUGCCCUUCACCCAUAUGUCUGAAGACUGCCUGUACCUCAAUGUCUACACACCUGCUCACACCCAUGAGGGCACUAACUUGCCUGUGAUGGUGUGGAUCCAUGGCGGCGGGCUCACGAUGGGCAUGGCUUCUAUGUAUGAUGGCUCCACCCUGGUGGCCUUCAACAAUGUGGUGGUGGUCACUAUCCAGUACCGUCUGGGUAUCUUGGGUUUCUUCAGCACUGGAGACAAGCAUGCAACUGGCAACUGGGGCUACCUGGACCAAGUGGCAGCACUGCACUGGGUCCAGCAGAACAUUGCCCAGUUUGGAGGCAACCCUGGCCGUGUCACCAUUUUUGGAGAGUCUGCAGGUGGCCUAAGUGUGUCCUCACAUGUUGUGUCCCCCAUGUCCCAAGGACUCUUCCACGGUGCCAUCAUGGAGAGUGGUGUGGCCAUGCUGCCUGGCUUCAUAGCCAGCUCAUCUGAUGUAGUCUCCACAAUGCUGGCCAACCUGUCGGCCUGUGGCCAGGUGGACUCAGAGACACUAGUGAGCUGUCUGCGAGGCAAGAAUGAGGAGGAGAUUCUGGGCAUCAGCAAGGCCUUCAAGUUGUUUCCGUCUGUGGUGGAUGGGGUCUUCUUCCCCAGGCAUCCCCGGGAGUUGCUGGCCUCUGAUGACUUUCAACCUGUACCCAGCAUCAUUGGUGUCAACAACGAUGAGUACGGCUGGGUCAUUCCCAUGGUCUUGGGCACCUCUGAAACCCAGACAGAAAUGGACAGAGAGACCAUUCAGGCUGCCUUGCAGAAAAUGUCAGCACAGAUGAAGUUGCCUUCUGAGUAUGGUGACCUGUUGAUGGAGGAGUACAUGUGGAACAUUACGGACCCCCAGACCCUCCGAGCUCAGUACCAGGAGAUGAUGGGGGACUACAUCUUCGUGAUUCCUGCCCUCCAAGUAGCAAAUUUUCAUCGUUCCCAUGCCCCUGUCUACUUCUAUGAGUUCCAGCAUCGGCCCCGCUUCUUAAAGGACAUCAAACCACCCUAUGUGAAGGCAGACCAUGGUGAUGAGAUUGUCUUUAUCUUUGGAAUCUUCACCUGGAACAACCACAUUAAAUUCACUGAGGAGGAAGAGCUGCUGAGCAGGAAAAUGAUGAAGUACUGGACCAACUUUGCUCGAAAUGGGAACCCCAAUGGUGAGGGUCUGCCCCACUGGCCCAUAUUUGACCAGGAAGAGCAAUACCUGCAGCUGAAUAUGCAGCCCACCGUGGGCCAGGCCCUGAAGGCUGACCGGCUCCAGUUCUGGGCAAAGACCCUGCCCCAGAAGAUCCAGGAACUAAUGGAGGCCAAGGAGAAGCACAUGGAGCUGUAG